AUGCUGGCCGUGGUCCGGACGAAGCGGUUCAAGUCGCUGGCGGGGACGCAGACCGUCGACCUGAGCGCGCUCGGAGCGACCAACGUCGUCUGCAUCUUUGGUCGCAACGGUUGCGGGAAGAGCUGCCUCGUGGACGCUAUUGCCUUCGCCUUGGGCGCGCCGGCCAAGCACCUCCGGGUCCUGCGUCUCGACGAGCUCAUCACGCACGGCGCGACGAAGCGCAGUGCAUCCGUGGUGGCGACGCUCUGUGAUGGACUUACGAUCCGGCGCAAGGUCGUCGAGGGCGCAGGCCAGUCGACGUACGCCAUGCGAACCGGCGACGGAGCAGCGUUUGUCGCGUGCUCGGCCGACGCUGUCCGCAGCGCCUUGCAGAUGCGAGGAAUCAACAUGGCGGUCCAAGACCGGUUCAUCAUCCGACAAGCCAACACGAUCGCGGUCGCGCAGUACACACCGCUGGAGCUUCUCGCCUUUUGCGAGCACAUCAUUGGCACGACCAGCUACCGCCAGGAGAUCGUUGUCCUGCAACACAAGAUCGACGAUGACAUGCAUGCGCUCGCCGAGCUUGAAGCCGCGACGGUCGACUUGCAAACGCGCCAGGACCGUUUGCAGCCCUUGGUCGACCAGUUUCUCCAAUGGACCCACGCUUGGGGCCAUCUCGAAGAACGCCAAGUGGCGCUCGCAGCACAGGAGCAAGACGUGCUGCACGCCCUUGUGGCGCAUCUGGAGACGCACGAGAACGACGCGCUCCAGCGACAUGCCCAGCUGACGGCGUCGGAUGCGGCCGAUGUCGUCGCGGAAGGCGAGCUCCGCGGUAUGCUAGCGCAACAAGAGCGCACGCUCAGUGACGCCAACGACGGUCGGCGCAUGCUGGCGCGAAAAAGAACGCAAGCCGCCUCCAAACUCGCGCACGUCCGUGCAGAGCUUGUCGUGCUUGCACGCGACGCGGAUGCCGCGUCCACGGCGAGCAACCGCGUCGCCAAGAAGCUCCAAGCAGCCACAGCGUCCAAAACCAAGCGCUUGCGGGACGUGAACGACGCGGAAGCAGUGGUCGUCACCCUGCGCGCCGAGAUGGCAAAGUUUCCAGAGGCAGCCGAUACGUCGAGCAGUGCUGCAGCCGAGUGGGUCGAACGCAAAGCCGAGUGCGGCACAGCACUCGAGCGAUCGGUGGCGACGCUGACGCGUCUUGAGGCCGAGAAGCACGCCCUCACGAUAGCGCAGGACCUGUCGCAGUGCGCCGUCGCCUCCACGACGAAGGAGCUCCACGAGGCGACCAUGCGCCAGACGGACGUGGCCACCAACGUCGCGGCUGCGCAAGAACGUCUGCGCGUCGCUCAAGACGAGUUGGAGGCUAUCGAAAACACUCUGCGCACCCUCGAGCAUGAGCGGUGGCAGGUCCAAGAAGCCACGCACGAAGCGUCGAGCGAUGUGUUUCGCCGCGCUGUCGCGGUGCUACAGCGGCAACUGGGUGGUGAUGCUGUCUACGGCGUUCUCUGCGACCUCGCGACGGUCGAUCCGUGCCACGCAGCCGCCGUCAACAGCGUCCUCCAACGCCACUUGAAGGUCGUCGUCGUGCGCUCGCGUGACGUGGGUCUUACCAUCGCCGCGCACUUUCGCACCCACCGCCUCGGCCGGGUGACGUGCGCGAUCGUGGACGAGGUCGCCGGGUCGUGCGCAGACGACGGGCCGAACGCGGUCUGCCGUCUCGUUGCAUGUGACGACGCCGUCCGAUCCAUUUUUCACAAGUACUGCCGGUCGUGGAGCGUCGUGGCGAGCUCCGAAGAGGCGUUGGCGCGACCGCGGACCAAGAAUGCCAACUACGUGACGCGGAACGGCGAUUUGUUUCGAAGCGACGGCGAGAUCCAGGUGACGGCGCGCAACGACGCAUCGGCAUGGCGCAUCCAGUCGAGUGCCGAGCGCACGACUGUCGUUUCCGAUGCACCCCUGCAAAAGGAGCUUCGUCGUCUCGUUGGUCUCAUCGACGCAGCACGCAAGACGCGAUUGGUCCUCGAAGCCUCCCGAACCGAGAUGCUUGGUGACGCGCAGCGAUGGCAGUUGGCGUCGACAACAGCCACGACGUCGAUGAUGGCACUCGAGCGCGCGUUGCAGGGGCACCGCGCCGACGUUCUUCGACACGAGACGCAGCGGAAGCGUCUCAAGCCAUUGCUGGACGCGGCACUCGCCGAUCGAGACCGCUGGACGCAAGCGCUGUACCAACUCGACGCAAAACUUUGCUUGGCAACACCUGACCACAUGCUGUUUGAGCGUCACCACGCCUGUGCGACGCGUCUAUCUCAGGCCGAGCGCCAUCUGGAGCACGCGUUUGGUGAGCUCGAGGCGCUGCCGCGAUGCAUUGCGGCCUUGGAGGCACAGCAGGCGCUCUGGCGCGACAAGACAAACGAGAUAGCGAGUCGGGAGGCGACGCUUCUCGAUCGGCUCGAGGCGUUUACGGUAGCCAUGGACGAGGCCGAAGCCCGCUGCGCCGACCAGCGCACGGCCGCCGAUGCAUACCGGAGCACUCUCGCUACGACGCGCGCUGAAAUGGACCGUCUUGCGCAGCGUCGAAAGGCUCUGGCCCAAGAACUGGCUCGUGUGCGUGCGCGCGUGGCGCAGAUUCGUGCCGACGUGCACGACUAUCGUCGUCGUCUUUGUCCAUGCGCAGAUCGCGAGGCAAGCAUGACAUUUCUGGCGGCAAAAGAAUCGUGGACCGACCUCGUGGCGGCGCGUACCUGCCUCGAUGAAACGCGCCGGUUGCUCGAGCAGGAAAAGGCGACCAUGUCCAAGGAGGUUCUCACAGAAGCAGCGGUCGUGCGCCACGAUUUGACGGACGCCCAGACACGCGCCGAGGACCUCAACCAAGUGCUCGCGACAACACUGCAAGCCCGCAACCACCUCAUGCACCAACGCUACGUGACGCUCACGGACGCACUCACGACGCUUAACGUGCAUUUGCCCGAGAUGUACCGGUCCCUUUGCGAGGAUGGCGACUGCUACCUCGGCUUUUCGCUCGACACGACCACGCUCUUUGGCGAAGGCAUUACGUUCCACUGCAAGCCCGACGCGCAGCAGUGGCGUCCGUUUGGAGGCCUCUCGGGCGGCCAGCAAGUGCUCUGCGCGCUCUCGCUGCUGCUGUCGUUCCAGGCCAGUUUUGUGUGCCCCAUCUUUAUCUGCGACGGUACGAGUGCCAUCGCGAAUCCCUGCGCCUCAUCCGCGUUUCAAAGAAUCGACGCGGCGCUGGAUACGUACAACGUCCAGCGGCUCGGGAAGCUCCUGGUUGCGGCCGCAGCCAAGACGCAGUUCAUCGUCGUGUCGCACCGCACCGAGAUGUGGAACCAAUCGAAUGCGUUGGUCGGUGUCUAUAGCAUUGGUCACGAAGGCAGCGCGAUCCUGCCUUGCCGCUUCUCUGCGCCGUAG